CAGUCACCGACAGCCCUGGGAAUGUUGAUUCUCCCCUGAAAGUAGAACCAGACCUGCUGGGCCAUCCGGUAGAUGCCUCAGAGGAGGCUCUUAAGAUGCGCGUAGAGAAUGCAGAGGCGCUCCCAGUUUGUCUUCGCGCUGAUUCACGUACGCCAGAAGAGUCCUUGUCGGAAGAAGAGGUCAAGCGAAAUUUCGAAGAUGCUUACAAGCAACUUGAAGCGUCUGUUUUAAAAGCUAUGCAACUCCUUGGCCGAGCGACGAGCCCCGAGGGACCAGUUUCAAAACAUGAGGCGACUUUUAGCAUGUUGGAUACCAGCAUCCUUGGCAGGUUUUUGAAAGCUGCGGAACAAUUGAAAGACAUUUCGCCCACUCAUGAAAGGGCCGUGGUGGAGGAAAAGAGCAAAGAUGUCCGCGAGAGAUGGGAGGCAGUUCGCCGUGAAAUCGUAUCGUAUGUUCAACUAAAAGUGGAAAUCGAAAGGGGGAAGUUGAAUAAGGCUUUCGCGAAACUCAAUAAGCAGAUAAAUAAAGAGAAGAAGCUACUCGGCACAGGGAACACCAAGGGACUCCUGGAAGAACACGAGGCCAGCUUUUCUCAGCAAGGUGCUCUGGGCAAGCUGAAUGAGUCCUUGCAAGCCAUGAAAACCAUGAGCAAGAAAAUGACCAAGGACGAAAAUCAGUCUGAAAUAAAGAUGCCAGUUGCAGAAUAUGAGCAAAUGAAAGAAGAGCUUCAGACACGGGCAUCAGCUGUUUACAAUGCGCUGGUGUGUAGGGCUGAGGACAGACAUUCACCUAACAAAGGAAGUUUUGCUCCUGCUUCUGCCAAUGGAGGGGAGGCGCCUUCUCCAAAUCCCCAAGAUGAGCUUACUGCUGAAAAGGGCCCAGGAGAUGUUUCUCACAGCAAUUUGGAACUCGAAAAGAAAGUUCAGAAUGGAGGACAUUGCGCAGAGAUGUUUGGAAGAGAUGGAGACUUGCCGUUGAAGAGUUUAAAAGAGAGCUAUGAUACAGAGAGGCAUAAGCUGAAGCUUCACCUAAGCAGCAUCAAAGAGAAAGUAGCUGCUGCUUGUACCGAUGAUGUGAAAGACAUUGCCCGCCUUCAGAAAAAGCUGGAUGAGCUAGAGGCCUUAGAGGCUAAAGCUGAUGCUUCCUGGAAACUGUCUGAAUCGACGGCGUCUGAGCUAGAAAAACUUUCAGGCGAAGUAGAAACACCUGACAGCUCUGAAAACUCCAGGGAAGAACUGCUCAGAGAAUGGAACGAGGUCCAGGCUGCUAUAAAUAAAAGGAUGGAGUCUUUAAAGGCUGCUUUGGCCCUUAUUUUGCCAAUAGAAAACAGGUGGGUUCUGCUGUGCAACUCAGAUGAACAGCUCCGCAGGAGAGACAUACCACAGAGCAUGCUAAGCGGUACCGAUCUUCCAUUCAAGAAAGUGAAGAAAUUACAGGCGUCCAUAGCAAAUUGUAUCGGACAGUGCAACCGACGAGAGGAAAACAGCCCCACAGGAGAGAAGGUUGACCCAAUAGACUGGCAAGCAGCAGGCGCAGUGAUGGGUGAAUACAGGGCGAAGUUGGAAGAACUGGGCCGCAAGAUAAAGGUCGUUGAAGCCAUCCUGCAAGACCUUGAAACUUUUCUGGCUUUCCUGAAGCGCGUGAAACGGUCCGUGGAUUUCUCGUCACCCCUGGGCCGUACCCCACAGCCAACGGAAGAAGACGCCCUGCAGGAGGUAUCUCAGGUGAAAAAAGAGGCGAAAUCUUUAGACGAGAGGUUGAAGCGAGCCAAUAUAUCCUUGGAAGAGGCCGGAGGUGGUAAGAAGACGAGCUGCGAAGGGCUUGUCGCAGCUUUAGGCGUGAAGGAAGCCCCUGCUCUCGGCUCCUCAGAGGCCCAAGAGGCCACCCAGAACCAGGAGGAAGAAUUCUCCUUGAAGAACAGCGAGCUCUCUAAAAAUAUUCAAGAUAUACGCGAUAAGAUCAGCAAAUUAGGUUUGAGGGACCCUACAAUUCCUGCUGUUCAGCAAAGGUUGAAGUCACUCAGUGAACUGCGGCAGAAGUUGGAUCACCAUGCUGCGGAAAUGAGGUCCUUAAACGAAACAGCCAGCCAGCUUUCAAAGGUCACAAAGGCCCAGCAAGACGACAUCCGACGGCAAUGGAGGCACACAGAAGCCCUGUGGAAAGAGACCAAACACUCCAUUGCAGAAAGGCUGGAACACUGUGCUCGGGUGAUAGAGCUCUUGAAGCAAUAUCACGGCUGCAAAAACUGCCUGGCGAACAUUAUUCUGAAGCAAGAACAGGCCCUGUCCCAGCAAGUGUCUUACAUGGGGAAAGAGAACCUGCAGAGGAUCAUUGCCAAGGUCAACUUGGUAAAACAAGAAUUUCACAGCCAUUCCGAAGAUGUCGACAGAAUAAACCGGAUCUGCAAAAACCUCCAGUCCCAUCUGAACAAAAUGAAGAGCUUUGAGGAUCCUCCCUUCGAGAAUGAGGCUAACGCUAUUGUGGACAGAUGGCUGGAUAUCAAUGAACGGACUGAAAACUAUUGCGAUAAUCUGGGAAGGGCUUUGGCUUUAUGGGAUAAACUCCUUAAUUUAUCCAGCUCAGUGGAUGAAUGGUCAAGCACAGAGCUGAAGAACUUGGAGGAAGGCCCCUUGGCUGAAAAUGACCUGGCGGAGUUGAAGGCCGGCUUACAGUUCCAAGAAAAAAAAUUAGAGGAAUUUGACUCAAAGGUGGAUGAAAUACAAAAUCUUCUCAAUGGCAGUGAACCCCCUCUUGAAUUACAGGUCAUCAAAUCCUCUCUUCUGAACAAAAUGGAGCUAAUAAGAAAGCAAUUACCCAACAAGUCGAUACCCACUGAACUCAAUGGCAAUACAGCGGAGCUAAAAGGAGACCUUGACCUGGCCAAGACACAGAUUGGAAUGACAGAAUCCCUUCUGAAAGCUUUGUCUCCCUCCGAUACCUUGGAAAUCUUUACUAAAUUGGAGGAAAUACACCAGAAGAUUCUACAGCAAAAACUUCAUGUGAAUUUGCUUCAAAAGGAGACGUCUUAUUUGAACCCUGAAGUGAUUGAAUUACAGCAGCAGCUUAAAAGUAUGACUGACUUAUUUAAUUCGAAGAAGCAAAUCUUUCAAGAUCACUUUACUACUAUCUUGGACUAUCAGUGCAAGGAUUUUGAUGACUGGUUCAGCAGCACCCGGCUAUCUCUGGGGGAAUGUUUUGACCCCUCAGAAACAAAAGAGAUAUUAGAAGAGAAAAUUCAGCGACUGACGAGCUUCCUAACUUUUGAAGGCAAAGGCAGCGAUAUCCAUGAGGUGAAAGCUCUCCUGAGCCAGCUGAAGAGGUAUUUGCCCCAAGCGCACGUCAACCAGCUGAGCAGCUGGGUAAGGGACCAAGAAGCUGAACUACAGAGAGUGGCGUCCAGAUGUCAGGGGCGACUGAACGAACUCCGCGUCUCCUCGCAUCAGUUUGCUAGGCUUGAAGAUGACUUUGGUAGCCUGGAAGAAUGGCUAAGUUGCCAGGAAGAGAAAUUGCAAAAGAGUCAGACGGAAAAACCAGGACUUGAACAUUUCUAUCAACUUCUACUAAAACAGAGAGAAUCAUUUGAUUCUUUUGCUUGGCUGGCAAAUUCUUUGAGGAACUCUGGAUUUUCAAGUGACGACUUGAUCCUAGAAUCCACUCAGCUUGUGAGCAGGUACAAGAGUUUGCUGAGCCAGGUCCGUAAACGCCUCAGACUUCCUCAGGUUCUUUCUGCAGAGGAAAAGAAUUUCGAAGAGCUUGCCCAGAGCAUGUUUUGCUGGGUUCAAAGACUGAAAGAAUCUGUCCUUAGAUUGAGCUCCAAAGAAACCAAGAUACCCGUGGAAGAAAGGCUGUGCCAGAUAAAGGAGAUUGUACUGCUGAAAGACGAAGGCGAUGCUAAAUUACAAAAUCUCACAGCUCUUGGGGACCACUUGAAGAGCGAUGAUGGGAGCAAAAACCUAGCUGUUCAGCAAAUGGUUUCCGACGUUCGAAAUCAGUGGGAGUGCACCAUUCAACUGGCCACCGAUUAUCUGAGGCACCAAGAACAGCCUCAAAGGGAACAAGGCAGGCAAAGAGAAGACAACGAAACUGCAGCAUUUUGGGAACCAAGCAGCCUGAAGCAGGAAUUAAAUCUUGCUCUUCAACCCGGCUCAUGCGAGGUGCAAAGUCGGUUAACAAAUUACACUGCGCUCCUGCAGGAGGUGGAAGGUUUAAAUGAAAUAGCAAAGAGAAAUAGUUCUUUGGGUGUUUGGCCUGACAAAUCUUUUACUGACGAAUCAAGGUUGGCUUUACAACACCUCCAUGAAAGUCUUCUUAUGCGGUUGCAGAAUACGGCAAAGCUCUUGGAAGGCUUCUCUGAGGAACACCAACGCUGUAAAGAGCUGAUGGCGUGCUUGAGGGCCACCCUGAAGCAGCUCUUGGAGCCUCCCGAGGAAGGGCAAAAGCAGGUACAACAAGAUAUCCGUUAUCGAACUGAAGACACAUUACGGGGGAUUUUAGCAUUAGUAGACUCGACCAGGCAGAAGCUCUUCCUGCCAGAGCAGACGUGUGUUAAGGGUAAGGUAGAUCCACCUCAGGCUAAACAAAAGAAGCGUCUUAAAACUAAACACAGACGUGUGGAGCAAGAGGCCGGGAAUGUCCAGAGUGAUAUGCAGACCCAAGCGGAGGUAGAUAAAAUGACAGGCGCAGGAAAACCGAUGAUCUCUGGUAUUCCCUUUCCUGCCGAAGAGAUCAGCAUGAUGGAAGUGUUUGAAGGAUACCAGAAAGGAAGAUCUAUGCAGGAAAAACCCUUUACAGCGAAAAAUCAGAUGGAAACGGAAGCUGCACAACCUUUCCAGGAAUGGCUGACAAGUAAAGAGCAAUUACUGAGACCCGUGUCCGUUGAUUCCAAAGAGGAACCGUCUUCCGUUCUUGAGGGAUUAAAAGGCAGUUGGAUGGAAGCCCACAAUUGCCCGAGCUCGGCGAGACAGAGUGGAAAGCGGCUACAGAAAUCAGGACAAAUGCCAGCUGACAAUAACCUUCGUGAGGUGCUUCAGCAGAGGCAGCCUGACUCUCAAAGGAAAUUGCAAGCGAUGUGCGGCUGGCCAGAAAUGCCUCAAACCACUUUGGUGUUAAUGAACGGCAAAGGAAAGGGGGCCGACCCUGCUCCAUCGCCCGUUGCCCCUCCAUUCCCAGAAAGUGAGGGUUCGGAGGUAGAAGCAAUUUCCCAGAGGGCUCUUCUUCCAUCUGAAGACCAAGCAAUUGCAGAUUAUGCUGAGAUGGAACAAAAAGUCAACGAGGUGAAAAUCUGGACUGCAGAAUUAGAUAUUGUGUUGGUGAAUGAUCAACUGAGAGAGAUAGAGAAUUUGAGUACGUGGCUGGAAAAGUGCAAAGCCAAUGCUCUUUCGUUGAAGCAAGGAGAGCACUUGGCCGCUGCAGAAAGAAGCAAUCCAGGUCUGUCCAGCCACCACAGGGUAGCUUCUUCUAGCUGGGACAAACUGCUGAAAGAUUUAACAGCUGUCAAAGAGGCCAAGCAGGCUCAGUGUCGAGUAGUGAAUACCUACCAAGAAUGCCUCGCCGCUGUCCAAUCUGCAAUGAAGCAUAUAUCAGCAGAAAAGGAAAACAUAAAAACAAGGGGACCUGUGGAAGACUCCGCUCUCCUGGAGAACAUUAAGAAGUGCCUGGCUUCCAUAGAAAAAGGGAAAGUCCUUUUAAAAAAGCUGAAAGCUGAACAAGAAAAUCUAUCUGAGCACCUAACCAGGAUGGACAAAGAGUUAACGCAAAGCCAGGUGAAUCAAGUGGAGAAGUGGUGGAAGCAACUGGAGGACUCGCUCCAAAGGAAACGGCUCCGGGUUGCAGCAGAAGCCAAUGAAUUUAAACAUUUCAUGGAUAAAAUACGGGACCUUGAAAGGUUGCUGCAGGAGCAGCACCAUUUGCAAACGGGUCUGGACAGCCCCGAGAGGGAAGAGUGUGCGCACCCGGCACUGAUGGCCACAGAGCUGCAGGCUCUCAAGCGCAGCGUUUCUCUGUUGAGAAGAGCUGCUGAGCUGCGGAUGAAAAGGAUUUGGAGCGAUCCAGGGAAAAAAGCUCUGGAAAGCAGAAUAAACGAUUUGCAGAACCAGGUGGAGGAACUGGAGCAGUUGACCCCCAGAGAGGAUGCCCGGAUCGCUACCCAUCCCCAGGCGUACGAAAUUACGAAGAAGAUGGAAGAGGCCAUUUUGUGGGCCAGAGUCUCGGCGCUCCAUCUGGACGAGAAGGCAGCUCUUUUCCCAGACGAUCUCACGUCGCAGAUCGAAAGCUGUAAGGCUCUGAUCUGUGCGACUCAGGAGAAAGAGCCAAGUCUUACACGGCUGGCUGAUGAGGCCCGGCGGGUUGCUUCCCAGCUGCCCUCCGAUGAAGCUUCUGCCCUGAGCAUCCUUUCGCGCGAGCUGCAAACCCUCUACCGAUGCCUUGUUCUGAAAUUAGUUCAGCAGAUGCAGCACCUGGAACCUCAGCUUGGAAAGAGGCGAGAGCUUUUCGCCAACAUGGAAACGGUUGAAACCCAGCUUCGGAAGGUAGAGCAAAUGUCCGGCCUAGGCGCUGGUGAAGCAAAUCCGAAGUCUGAGCUUGACCAUUGGCAGGCCAUUUUAGCGAAGAUUCCCAAGGAGAACCAAGCUUUGGAAGGCCUUGUUGAUGCAAAUGACAAAGAACCCCCUCAGGGGCUAAAUAUAUUUGAGCAGAUGUUUCUAAAUGACUGUUUAAGAAGCCUCAAGAGCAGAGCUAAGAGGGCCGACAGGCUGAUCCAAAUGAAGUGCAGCACAGUACAAAACAAGAUAGAUGCCUCUGAAAAGCUCUCCGGAGAAAUAGCGGCCUUGCAGCGGGACCUUGAUGGCUUCCAGCGGGACGUGGUGGAACUGGACCCAGAGACACAGUUGACUACGGAUCAAGAGGUGAAGGAUAAAUUGAGCGAGAAUACAUUGAGAGCUUUGGCCAUCCAGUCAAGUUUAUCACACGCGCAGAAAUACAAGGAGAUUUGGGAAUGCCUGGAUCUGAAGUGGGACGGAUCGCGUCUCGAUGAACUGCAAAGACGGUUUUGCAAAAUGAAGAAUGACCUUGAGCAGAGGGUUAAACGCUUUGAUCGCGUAGCUGCAGAACGUGACCGGUGCCAAACAGCCCUCGGUGCGGUUGAGGCUGUUGUAGCUAAUAUACAGAAAGACUGUGAUGCGUUGAACGAUGGCUCUGCCUCUACCUCUGAAACCCGUCUGAUAUCAGGGAAGGUUUUGAGUUGGAGAGUGGAACAUGCCAGAUGCAUAAUUGGGGAGGCACUCAGGCUGUUAGAUAAAAACGAGGCCUUUGAUCCCUCCCUCAAAGAGGCCAAAGUGCGGCAAAUAAAGGUCCUGGGGGUAAAAAUAGAUGGAUUCUCACAACAGAUCCAAUCUAACAUAUUGGCCAUUCAAGAAGAAUGCAAACACGAACAUGGUUCGCAGAGCAAGCUGGACCAUAGCUUAAAGGCAUUAAAGCAAAUUAAAUCUGAGCUCCAGGAGCCCGUCCUGCUUGACCUGGACGUUCAGUUGAUUUCCCAUGAAAGGCUGUACUGUAAAGGGCUUGAAGAGGCUGUGGAAACAGAGUCUCGCGCGGCUGAAGAUUUAAUAAAGAAAACGAGAGGGACUCAGGGAGACAAAUCCCCCCCCGAGAGUUUGGAGAAAGUCAAGAAACUGCGAAACUUGAAAAAACAGCUGAAAGCUGACAUUGCUGCACGUGGAUGCGCCUUAGACGAAGCCUGUGGGACUGUGAAGCUUUACAAUGAAGCUGUCCAGAAGGCUGUCGAUCUUCUCAGUCAGUGUGAAGGCCUUUUCUCCGCUCCUCCGCUUGACUUGGAUAAGCUAGAAGAUGGAUCUGGCCUCCUCUUUCACCAGAAACAAGAAGAACUGGAGGCUGCAAAGGCUGAAGUAGAAGCGCUGAUCUCCAGGCUGGAAAUGAAAAUGAAACCAAACGCCAAAAUGCAAUUGGGAAAAUCUCUGAGGGAUCUAGUGGCUGGGAGUUUGAGAGUAAGAGAGCAGGAACAAAAGAGAAGAUCCGAGGUGCAGAGAUGCUUGGAAACAUACCACCGCUUCAAAAAGUCCAAAGAGAUGAUACGUGCUAAUCUGGACGUUGUGGAAAAGGUGCUCCGGAAAACUUUGUACCAUAUUCCAGCAUCUUACAAAGAAGCUCUAGAGCUGUCCGAACAAAGCAAGAUGCUCGUCUCCCAACUGGUUUCGACGGAAGAAGAUCUAAUGAAGUUGCGUCAAGACUCAGGACACCUGAGCUUGAUGUGCCAAGAGAACGACCGGGCGCGGAUCGCCACAAUUGUGGCAACGCUGUGGCUCAAGUGGCUUCAUUUACUCAAUGCUGCGAAAGAAUGGGACGGCAAAUGUGAAGAGCAGAACCAGGAGUGGAAAGCCGUUAAUGAAGACAUGGAACGGGAAGCCAUCAUUCUAGACAAUUUUCUCGAAGAACUACCGGAAAACCCCAGAGAGAAAGAGAAAGCCACCAAGGAGGAACUGGAAGAAUUUCUGGAAUGUGCAAACUAUUACAAGGAAAGCGUGGAUGCCGAGAAAUUACUGUUGCGCUUAAUACUUGUCCGCUUAAAGAGCAUCCUGAGUGUCCCUGAAUGUCCCUCUGAGAAAGGAGGAAGCCUUCCUGUUGUGUGUGAAAUUCAAUCCAUGCAGGACCGAACGUCAGAGCUCUGCCGAAAGGCUGAAAAGCAAAAGGGUGCUGUGCAGUCUGAGAUUGAAGACCGGGCCAAAGUUAAUGAAGAAAUAAACACUGUGAAGAAUUCGUUACAGGACGCCAUGUUGUUGCUGCAGGACAUAGACUUAGAAACGCCAAAUGAAAUGGCAGCGAAACUUGAGGAGAUCCAGAAAGCAAUCGAGCAGCAGAAGCAAACCCUUGAGCAGAUCAUGGAGAAGCUACGCAUCAAGUAUGCUGAAAUGUAUACAAUUGUUCCAGUGGAGAUUGAAACGCAUUUGGAAGAUUGCAAGGGAACCUUGCAAGACCUGGAAGAAAAGGUCAGCACCGAGCUCUUGAAAACCUCUCCUCACUACACCACAGAUAAAAAAAUAGAAGACAUUAACAAAGGCCUCCAAGCGGUUGAACACAUGUUACAGCAGAAGAGUGAGAAUAUCACCAAAGCUAAAGAAAUUCAGAAGAGAAUCUGGGAUUUGCUAGACCUUUGGCAUUAUAAAAUGAAUGAACUGGAUUCAGAAGUUCAAGACAUUGUGGAGCAAGACCCCGGCCAGGCUCAAGAGCUGAUGGAUCGCUUGAUGAUUCCACUGCAGCAGUACCAGCAGGUCUCCCAGCGUGCCGAGCGCAGAACGGCAAACUUAAACCGGGCUGCUAACAAGAUGGAAGAAUGUGAUGAACUCCUGAAGAGCACCCAGGCGUGGCUUAGAAACACCAGCAGUCUGCUCACCGAGGAGGGUAAAAGCGACUGUGCCAAAACUUUGAAUAAACAUGCCAGUGCACUCCAGAUGGCGUUUGAAGAUUCAGAACAAAAGCAGCGCGUUCUCAAUGCCCUUUCCCCAGAACUGGAGGACUUGUCCACUUUGAUUGAAACUGGCGCGACGGUGCAGGAGUUGAAGGAAGUAAAUGAGCAAGUUGAGGCCUUGCAACGGAAGAUCGUGGAAAUCCUUCCGCAUGUCCAGCACUUGGCCGAUGAGGUGGAAGCGAUUGAAUCCGAAGUGAAAGCCAUGGAGAAGGAUAUAGAAAAAAUUAAGACGAUCUUGUCCCCUUCAGAAGACGCGCUCAAUUUUUCUCCUAAGGAACAUCUUAAACAUGGUCAGGUUAUCCUGUCCCACAUCCAUCCCAUGCAAAAGGCACUUGCUGAGAUCCAGUCCUAUCAAGAAAGCUUGAGGUUACCAGGCAAGAGACUGCAACCCCUCUCUGUCUCCCAGAGGACAAAACAACUUUUGAAAGAGCUGAAGGCGUUGGAAAGAAUGACCAAGGAACAAAACACGCUGCUUGAGCCCAUUGUAAAAGAGAUGGAAGAAAAUGAGCAAGAAAUGGACUUCCUGAAGAAGCGCCAGUUCCCAAAGAGUGACUUGGAUGAAUUCUCUAAUUCUACAGAAAUCCCAGGGCCUGACCAGGCUGCCUCCUACCCAGAGGGCGAGGAGAUGGAAGAGAUAAAGCGGCGGAUUGCCCUCCUGUGCCAGAGGAAAGAGGACAUCCUGGCAAUUAUGAAGAAUUCCUUGGUGGAGCUUUACCAGCGGCCAGAAGAACCCAACCUGGAAGACGUUUUGGAAUCACAAGUGCCAGAGGCAAGCGGAAGUGGUGCUGACCGGCAGGCCAAAAAGCGGGGCUCAGUGUCCCUUCUGCCUUCCUUGGUUGAAGAAGCUGAAGACAGUUCAUUCCACAAUGAAGAGGUUGAUGUGGAUGAACCAAAGCCCGUAUGCGAUAAACCUGAUCAGCAGCUUGAUUUGUUGUCUCUGCAGAGAACCGAAAAUGAUGAGGAGCCUGUUGGCAACCAGACCAAGGUAAUGUUAUCCGAGAUUGAACAGAAAGUGGUGUGUCUCUUGGAGGACUGCGAAGACAGGCCCGCCGGUGACAGCCCAGGCCUCCAGCAAGAGGCUGGGAGCCUUUCCAUGAAACUUAAGGAUGUGAAGGGCAACUUGGAAAAAGUCCAGGACAUGCUCCAGGACAAGUACGCAGAAGAACAGCGGAUCCCUGAUGAAAAAAUCUCUGGGAAACCCCCACAGUCUCUUCCUUUUGACCUCUCCAGCGUAUUUCCACUUAUUCCCUUGGACAGGCCUCUGCUCAGUAGGCCGAACGGUUUAAAGCAUCAGCAGGAGCUGCUUUUAAAGCUAUCUGAACAAAGCAAUCUUAUUGACUUCAUUGAAGUGUACAUGGAGAAGACACAGCCACAGCCGGAGGACAGCAUGGUUCUGGAAUCACAAGCAAGAUCCAGUCAUGAGACGCCCACCUCAGGAAACGAGCCACUCACUCUAACUCCGAAGGACCAAACUGGUGACAAGUGGCAAUAUUUACAAGAAGAGUUGCUGUUCAAGAAGAGUCCCUUUCACUGUCAGUUCGCCGAACCUCAGAUUUCUACCAAAAUAAAUAUUCUGCCCAAGGGUGCCGCACCGAGUGUGAGAACUCCAACCGUCGAGGAGCUGAAAACGUUCACUGCACAGCUUGGCACCCUAAGCCAAGAAGCAUCUGUUCAUAAACAGGAAAAUGUCACAGGGGAAGUUUCAUUAAGCUUGGACCAGAAACUCUUUGAGCUGCUUCUGGCCAUCAGCCGCUGCCUGAACAACAUGGAACAGAUGUUAAGCAGCUGUGUGCUCACCAGCGAAGAAGCACCCAUGCAACAGGUGCUUUAUGAGACUCUCUCUGCAGAGCUGCAAAAGCUUCAUGCAGAUAUUGGUGAGAAAAAGGAAGAUCUUUUGAAGCCUAUUGCCUCUGCUGGUGGCGACCCUGAGAGAUUCGCCCAGUGUUUUAGCAACUUGCAGGCCUGGCUCCAGUUGACCCACGCAGCUGCUAAUUCUAGGAGCAAGUCUAUGAAAGCUGAGUUGGACCAUUAUAGUAAUUACCAGAAUGAAAUCAGGCUAUUGUAUGAUGCGUUGAUUGAGAAAAAAUCCACACUGCAACAGUCCUUUGGUGCAACGAGCGGGCACAGUAUUACCGAGCAGCUCCAGGAAAUGGGCAGAUACGAGUUGGAACUGCAAAACUUUGAGAUGACGACAGCGGAACUAAGAGAUCGUGGAGAAAGAGGUCAUCUGCCUGUUGCCCUAAUCCAAGAAGUGUAUAAACUGGAGGAUGCGUUGGAUGACCUUUGGGAGACCCUAAGAGUGAAACAGAGGGAGCUGUCUUCUCCAUUGAUUAGUGAACAAGAAUAUGAAGCUUUGUUACAAGGACUAGCAUUGCUGGCAGAUCUUGGGGAAGGGAAAGUUGCUCAAGUAUCGAAGCUGAAAAUUUCCAGUCGACCUAAUUUACAGUUUCAUCUACAAAAUCAUAAGAGCUUUUUCCGUAAUCUUAAUACUCACAUGCUGCUUGUACAAAUGAUUUCCAAAAAAGUGGCACCUUCUAUAUUACAAAAGAGAGAAAAAUUCUGGAAUGAGCUGGUAGAGAAAAUUAAAUCAUUGGAAGAACAAGCUGUCCAGCAUGGAGCCUUCUUAGAAAGACUGCUACAGGACUGGAUAGAAUUUGAUGACACCUACAUGCCUUUCUGCCAAAAACUAGAGGCCCUCUCAUCCACUGUGCCUUCUGUGAGUUUGGUGGAAGAGACAGAAGAACGGUUAAUGGAAAGAACUCAGCUCCUCCAGCAAAUCAAAAAGAACAUUGAAGAAGAAGAGGCCGGGUAUCAUCAGAUGGUGAAAGAAGGGAAGAAUUUGAUGGAGGUCGUGAACUGUCCUGAAUUGCAGAGCCAGGUUGGGAGGCUAGGAGAGUGGUGGGCAGCUCUUUCCCAAAAGGUUGGCCAUGAGCUACAAAGACUUGAGACCUUGCUCAAACUCUUGUCCAGCUACAGAAGAGAUUCAAAAGAGCUGGAUAACUGGCUGAAGUCUACUCAGCAGAGCAUCAAUUACUGGAAGGAGCAGUCUCUUCAUGCAUCCCAGGACCUGAACACCGUCAGGGAAAAUAUACAGAGUUUACUUGAAUUCUCUAAAGAAGUUGAUGACAAAUCUUCCUUGAAAUCAUCCGUCAUAAGCACAGGCAAUCAGCUCUUGCUUAUUAAGGCGUCCAGUGGUGCACCGCUGCGGUCACAUUUGACGGCGUAUGAGCAGAAAUGGACUGACCUGAUCUCGCAGUUGCCAAGCUUCCAAGAGAAAUUUCACCAGCUUCUGAUGGCGAAGCUACCAUCUCAUGAGGCCAUUGAGGAAUUAACUGCCUGGAUGAACCACAUUGACGAGCAAAGAAGAAAUGACACGGCUGUUAAUUUGCAGAGUCCUGCAAGCCAAGUGAGAGGCCUCCUCCAGAAGUACAAGGAAUACCUGCAGGAAAUGAACUUCAAACAGUGGGUAGUUGACCACGUCAACCAGUCGCUACUGCAGAUGGCGAGUUGUGAUGUCGAAAGCGAGCGUUACGAGAGGAUGGCUUUCGCCGAGCGUCUCGGGGAAAUGAAUCUGAAGUGGCACCGGCUGCAGGGAGCUCUGGACGGAAAGAAAAAAGAGUUGGAGUGCAUUUUGGAGGCCGUUAUGGAAAACGAAAGCCGAGCCCAGUCCUUGGGCAGGUGGAUGGAAGCCCAAAGCAGAAGACUCGGACAACUGGAAAAGCCGUCGAGCUCCAUCCUCGCACAGGACACAGCUGGGGAGUGCAAAGCUCUAGAAAAUCAGCUUGCAGUGAAAUCUAAGGAUAUGGAUCAGCUGAAACAGAAUUACACAGCUUUACAUUACUGUGCUGAGGAUACUGAGGAGACUGCAUCAAGAAUCAACAGUUUGGAUGAAAUGAAGACCAGCGUCAUCAACCAGGUUGCACGGCUGAAGACCUCGACAGCGUCUGCUUUAGAGAGGUGGAGGAUUUAUGAUGCCGCAUGGGAUGAAGUCAGGCUGAUGCUUGCACGCGCUUCGUAUUGCAUGGAGCAAAGCAAGCCCUCCGUGAUUACGCUCGAGAUGCUGAAACACCAGGUGGAGAAUCUCCAGUCUCUGCAAGAUAAAGCAGAGAGUAACGAAGAAAUCUGGGCUCGACUCCAAGCUGCCGCUGGUAACCUAAAGAAGCUGUGUGAUUCCUCGUUUUCUGAGAUUAUUGAAAAGAAACACAAGGAGGCACGCACAAGGUGGGCAUUGGCCAACAAAGAAAUCGAAGAUCAGCUCCGGAAAGCACAGACUCUUUUACACCUUUGGGAGCCGUACGCCAGUUUACAUGCCGAGGUGACAGCAAAGCUGGACCGACAAGAAGAACAGUGCAGUUCCCUCCAGUUGGCCAAUACCCCUGCAGGCUGUACGAUGGACUUCCUUAAGCAGAAAGCACAGGAAGUGAAAAAACUGCAACUUGGCCUUCAAAACAUCCAGGGGAGCUUCCUCCAGGCUUCUGAGCUGGCAGAUAAAGUAGCUCAGCUGUCUGAGUCCACAGCGCAGCCCCUUCUUCCGGAGAAACCCCAGCUGCUUCAAAGGGUCUCCCGACUGGAAAAAAUGCUGCAGAUGAAAGCCAACGAAUUUCAGUUCGGUCUUUUACAACUUGAAGGUUUUGAGAAAUGCUUGGAAAAACUGGAAAAUCACAUUAAAGAUUCCAAAGAAGCGUUGGACAAUCUAAAUGAAGAAGAGGAAGACUCAGAUCUACUCACGAGCCAGAUGUUGAGUCUCACCGCUUUGUCUCCGGAGAUGGAGAGCCUGAAUGAAGUCAGCUUUAGGCUGCCACUCAGCGACUUCACUGCGAAGAGAUUGCAGGACUUGAACUGGCAGUGGGCUCAGAAGACCGCCAUGGUGCUGGAGCAAUGCAGCGAACUGCCAGACGUUCAGUCAGAUGACAAGGUGUUUCUUCAGAGAUGUCAAAACUGGGUGCAGUUUCUAGAAAGAACGAAGGAGGGUUUGAAAGAGAACGUGGCAGGCACGCUGGAGGAGCUGCGCGAACAGCAAAGAGAGUAUGAGAUACUGCAAGCGGAGAUUUCUGCCAAUCAGCAGAUUUUUAAUGCGAUUGUGUCCGAAGCUCUACACAUGCUGGAAACGGGAGAAGCAGAAAACCGGACGGAGUUUAUCUCCAAACUCACCCUGCUGAAGGGACAGUGGCAAAGCGUUAUCCGGAUGGCUCAACAGAGGAAGAGUGAGAUUGACAGUCUCGUCAAACAAUGGCAAAAAUUCACAACUUCACUGAAGGACCUAACAAAAUUCCUCGCCGACACAAACAGCUUCAUAGCUGCCAUGAAGAGUCAGGACAAAUAUAGCUUUCACCAACUCAGGAAUCUGAGUCACGAUUUCAAGAACAAGCAAAUCCUCCUUCAGAGGUGGCAAACCAGGUACUCCUUAGCCUUGGACGCUGGAGAAAAGCUGCUUGGUGUGGCAGCCCCUGAGGCAAAAGCUGCCGUACAGCUGGAGAUGAGCCAGUUGCAAGAGAACUGGGACAAGACACAACUUAAGGUGGAGAAAACCGCAGAGCAGCUGCAGGGCACCAUACAGACCUGGGAGAGCUGCGAACAGCAGGUGGAAGAGCUGGGCCGUAGGCUGCAAGAGCUCAAGGCAAGAAUGACAGAACCUCUUCCAAUAGAACAUGAUGAGCUGCAGGAAGCCAUGGAGCACAUUAAGGAGCUGGAGAAAUCGCUGGCCAACUGGAACCAAAACGCGAAAGCCCUUGGCACCAAGAAGGCGGAUCUGGCUUGCUAUUUCCUUGCGGAAGAUGUGAUGGUGCUCAAAGAGCAAGUCGAGCAUUUGCACAGACAGUGGGAAGAACUCUGUCUCCGAGUUUCACUGCGCAAGCAAGAGAUAGAGGACCGACUUAACGCCUGGAUCGUGUUCAAUGAAAAAAAUAAAGAGCUCUGUGCUUGGCUGGUGCAGAUGGAAAGCAAAGUGCUUCAGACAGCGGAUGUCAGCAUUGAAGACAUGAUAGACAAGUUGCAGAAGGAUUGCAUGGAGGAAAUCAAACUGUUCAGCGAAAACAAACUAGUUCAUCUGAAGCAAAUGGGUGACCAGCUGAUCAAGGCCAGCAACAAGAGCAGAGUGGCCGAAAUAGAUGAGAAAAUCAACAAAAUUACUGACCGCUGGCAGCAUCUCUUUGGUGUCAUUGAAGGACGGGUGAAGAAGCUGAAGGAGACCUUUGCUUUCAUACAGCAGCUUGACAAAAACAUGAGCAACCUUCGCACCUGGCUGGCACGCAUUGAGUCUGAGCUUUCCAAGCCUGUUGUUUAUGACAUCUGUGAUGAUCAAGAGAUACAGAAGAGACUUGCAGAGCAGCAGGAUCUGCAGCGGGACAUUGAGCAGCACAGCGCGGGCGUGGAAUCGGUGUUUAAUAUCUGCGACGUCUUGCUGCACGAUUCGGAUGCUUGCGCCAACGAGACCGAAUGCGACUCCAUCCAGCAGACCACGAGGAGCUUGGACCGGCGGUGGAGGAACAUCUGCGCCAUGUCUAUGGAGAGGCGAAUGAAGAUCGAGGAGACCUGGCGUCUGUGGCAGAAGUUUUUAGAUGACUACUCUCGCUUUGAAGACUGGCUGAAGACAGCAGAGAGGACCGCAGCGUAUCCCAACUCUUCGGGAGUUUCGUACACAAACGCCAAGGAAGAGUUGAAGAAGUUUGAGGCCUUUCAGCGGCAAAUCCACGAGCGGCUGACCCAGCUGGAGCUGAUCAACAAGCAGUACCGGCGGUUGGCCCGUGAGAAUCGCACCGAUUCGGCCAGCAAGCUCAAGCAGAUGGUGCACGAGGGCAACCAGCGAUGGGACAACCUCCAGAAACGGGUUGCGGCGGUCCUCAAGCGACUCAAGCACUUCACCAAUCAGUGGGAGGAGUUCGUGGGGACGAAGGACAGCAUCCUGGUGUGGCUCACUGAAAUGGACCUGCAGCUGACGAACGUGGAGCACUUCUCCGAGAGUAACUUCGACGACAAAUUGCGGCAGCUCAAUGGCUUCCAGCAGGAAAUAACGCUGAACACCAACAAGAUUGAUCAGCUCAUUGAGUUUGGGGAGCAUCUGAUUAAAAAAAGCGAGCCGUCGGAUGCCGUUGUAAUUGAAGAGGAGCUGGAAGAACUCCACAAGUAUUGCCAGGAAGUGUUUGGCCGCGUGUUUCGGUUCCACCAAAGGCUGUCAUCCUGGCACCCAGGCCUGGAAGAUGAAAAAGAGGCGUCCGAAAACGAAGGGGAUCUGGAAGACGUGAGGGGGAUGCCGAACGACCCCUGGCACAAGAAGUCCGUGCCGGAAGGGCCGCCGUCCCAGCAGCCUCUCUGCCCCCUUGUGCCCCCCGCAUUGGGCCACGAGAGGUCAGGCUGUGAGACUCCCGUCAGCGUCGACUCGAUUCCGCUGGAGUGGGAUCACACGGGGGACGUGGGAGGUUCCUCCUCCCCUGAGGACGAGGAAGAAGAGCCGUACUACAGUGCGCUCUCAGAUGUAGAAAUCACUGAACAUCCUGAAGCCUAUCUUAAAAUGACCACAAAAACUUUGAAAGCAGCUUCUGGAAAAUCUGCUUCUGAAACUCACACGUGGCGCUCUCCGGAAAGCUCGUCUUGUCGUAAACAUCCGUACAACCAGGGGGAGAUGGUUACAGGUGUCCUGUUGACCAGCCCGGAGACAAGCACUCCCUACAAACCAGGCUAUGCAAAACAGCUGAGCACUGGGAGCAUAGACAGCAUGAAAGAGAUCUCCGGAAUCUUGCCUAGCGAAGAACCCCAAGAUAGCCAGAGCUUUGUUGGUGUGGCAACUCUAGAGAAACAACCAGGACCCAUAGAAAGAUGGGAGCUCAUUCAAGCGCAAGACUUAAGCAACAAGCUGAGUAUGAAGCAGAAUUUGCAGCAGUGGCAGCAGCUGAACUCUGACCUCACCAAUAUCAACGCUUGGCUGGAUAAAAUGGAAAAGGAGCUGGAAGCGUUGCAGGAGGCAGAACCGGCCACCAGUAUCCCGGUCAUAGAGCAAAGAGUCAAGAAGCUGAAAGAUAUGCUUAAAGCCUUCGAUAAUUACAAGGCCCUCGUGCUGUCGGUUAAUCUGACCAGCAAGGACUUCAAGCAAGCAGACAGCACCAGAUCCAAAGAGCUUCAGAACAGGCUUCGGCAGGUCAAUUUACGCUGGGAGAAGGCAAAUCUUUUAAUCCGGAAUUGGAGGGCGAGUUUGCAAGAAGCCCUGAUGCAUUGCCAGGAGUUCCAUGAGCAGAACCAGAAACUGCUGUUGUGGCUGGCCGGUGCAGAGACACGGAGGCAUCAAGCACAAGUCAAAGAUCUGAAUGCCGAUCCUCACACAGUACAGGAGAGUCAAAAAGAAUUAAUGCAACUCGAAAAAGAGCUGCUAGAAAAGCAGCUUCAAGUAAACACCCUGCAGGAGAUUUCCACUUGUUUACUAGUCAAAUCCGACGGAAGGGAUUAUUUUGAAGCUGACGAGAAGGUUCACGUCAUUGGGAAGAAACUAAAACAGCUUCUCGAAGAAGUUUCACGUGAUUUGAAGACCUCACGGGGAAGCCAGGACGUAAGUGCAUUUCUGCCCCAUGUGGACGAACUGGGUUCUGGAAGCUAUCGCCAGCUGCCGGAGAAAUCCUCCCUCUAUAAAAACAAGAUUGACGGACAGAAGACCUGGGAAGUUAUGAGCAGCAGCAAUAUUGGAACGGAGGAGAGGGACGAAGCCGGUCCAGCAGCUCCCAAGACUCGUUGCUUCUUCUACCGCAUACUGCGAGCAGCGCUGCCUCUUCAGUUACUCCUUCUUCUCCUGUUGCUUCUGGCUUCCAUGAUUCCUUCUUCAGAGGAAGACUACAGCUGUACUCAAGCCAACAACUUUGCCCGGUCCUUCUAUCCAAUGCUACGAUAUACCAACGGGCCUCCACCAACUUAAAAGCACUCUCUCUUUUUAUUUUUGCACUCAACCAAAAUUAAUUUCCUCCACGGGUGCUUUCUUCAUGCUGCAAGCGUCAGUCCAGGGACUUCACACAGCCGAAAUUUCUCUCCGGUUUCGCUGUGACUUCCCACCAGAGCUUAACUGGCGCUAAUAAGUAACAAUAGCAUGUAUGUGAAGACCUUUAUUGCAGCUGCCAGUAACGAAAGCGAUGACCUUCAGCACAAUUGCCUGCUGUCCACACAAGGGAACACAUCAUAAUUCCCAUCUCCAAGGAACAGAUCCUUUAAAAAUUUCAAUAUUUUGGGUAGGUCGGGAAGGAGUGUUCAUCACUCACACUUUUGUACAGAAAAUAGUGUUUCUAUAUAUAUUUUUAACUGUAAGCAACACACUUUAUACUUUUGCACAAUGUGUGAUGGAGCGAUUAAUGGUCUUUGUGACAGAAGGUACACCGAAAAUGGAAUAUACGAGAUGGUGUUGUGUUCACUUUAAAAAUAAUUUCUCUAACAAAUGAUAAAUGCCAUAGAACACAGCUCUCCAGGAAAUUGUCCCACACAAGCACCAAUGUUAAUAAAUAGAAGCCGGAUCUGUACAAGAACACAAUUGGACUUUUCCCACUUUGGUUUCUAUGGGGCUUGCAAAGGAGAACUUCCCAGUGGAUUGGGCCCAUAAUUUUUAAUGCGACAAAGAGAACCCAUUUUUUCAAGUGGUACUUGCAUGCAGAGAGAUCACAAAAUCUAUUUCCAUAUUUUGCUAUUGUAGGGGAAAGAAAGGUUUAAUUUUUUAAAUAUUUGUUACACUUUGGUAUUUUAGCAACCUUAUGUUUCCAAGACAAAGAUUUUAGUACUUAGAACUGCUGCCUUGUCUGAUGUCUUCUUUUGUACUAUUUUUUUUAUAUAUAUAAAAAGAAAUGAAGAUGCUGCAUGUAGGUGGCUUUUUAUUGUUCAUAGUUUUCUAAAGAAAGAAAUGCUGAAAAUAAUUAGUCUUGAUUAUCUCAUGUGCAUACAAAUGAACUAUGUAAACUUGUGGCAUUUUAAUCAGAGAUGUUUACGUUUAAUCCUCUUUGAAUAAUGUACAGUAAGCCAAAAGAAAGUUCUGCGGUUUUCUAAAUAAUUCAAGGGCGUACAAUCACUCUCAGUGCAAGUGCAGGGACACACGUAGGCAGAGGAAAAGGCACGGAGCUGCCUGGCUCUUCCCUCCACCUCUUCUCAGAGCAUGCUCUGAACACCGCAGUGCAGGGCCCUUUCUACACCUAAGGAUUAUCCCAGGAAAAUGGAGAGAUCAUCCCUGCCUGCUCCCGGGGUCCCCUGUGUGUCAUUUGCAUGCACAGGGAUGAUCCCGGGACGAUCCCUGGAAAAAUGCCCAGGCCUGCCUCAACUGAGAAUUAACUUAAAUGUAGAGUAAAUUUCACACCAUUUCCUGAGCUGGAGAGAGAACCGGAUGGGGAAACCGGGUGCCUGCACUGUGGAGAGAUCCACUGGGCCCUGUGGUGUAUCCUCCGUACACGCAGGCACAUCUUUACUCACGUUAACCAUGGUAGUUUCAUGCAGCCGCUGGGUGCAGAGGCAGCGUAUCACUGGAUACCAGAUGCUGGGGAGGAAACAGCAGGGUAAGGCUGAAACAGCCUUCAGGCUGCCGCUUGGGUGCUCCCUGGAGGUCUUUGGCUGGCCAGUGCUGGAAACAGGAUGGUAGACCAGAUGGACCCUUUGUCAGAUACGGUCAGGGGGUCUCUUAACCUUCCGAGGGUAACUUUGGAAGAUUUCUUGCAAUUGAAGUGAAGGUGGGCUUCAGGUGGGCAGCAAGAGAAUUCCAGUGGUUAUAUCUGAAUCCAAAGUAUAUUGGUCCUGUGUACAAUUCAAUCAUGGUUUUCCUCAUUAAAAUUCUGCAGCA